AAAAAAGAUUCAUAACGUUCGACACGAUGAAAGGUUUCAUCUCUGUUUUUAUUGUUUCUCUUCUUGUUUCGGUUUCACAUGCAUCAGCUGUGAAUCCUGAUGUUGAGAGUUUUCUUAGAUGCCUUCCUCGCCAAGCAAACCCUUCUUCUCCGAUCUCUGGAGCGAUCUACACUCCAGAAAACCCAUCAUUUGAUUCUGUUUUCGUGUCGUACACGAAAAAUCAGAGGUUCUUAAACCCUAGGUUCACUAAACCCUUAGCCAUCAUCGCCGCCAAACAUGAAUCUCAUGUUCAGGCGACAGUGGUGUGCGCAAAGAAUAACGGUCUUCAGAUCCGUAUACGAAGCGGAGGCCAUGACUACGAGGGUCUUUCUUACAUCUCGUCCGUCCCAUUUGUCAUCCUCGACAUGUUCAAUCUCCGUUCUAUCGAUCUUGACGUGCCCAACAAGACAGCCUGGGUUCAAGCGGGGUCCACCUUGGGAGAACUCUAUUCCAAAAUCGCUAACGCCAGCAAAACGCUGGCGUUUCCGGCGGGAGUUUGCCCUACAGUAGGAGUCGGAGGACACGUCAGUGGCGCUGGGUACGGAAACUUGAUCAGGAAGUACGGAAUUACAGUGGAUCACGUCGUGGAUGCUUUGCUAGUUGAUGUGAGAGGAAGGGUCUUGAACAGAGCUAAGAUGGGCGAAGAUCUCUUCUGGGCAAUCCGCGGAAGCGGUGGGGCCAGCUUCGGGGUCAUUCUUGCAUUCAAGAUCAAGCUCGUCACUGUUCCUGAGACAGUGACAGUGUUUAGGGUUAACAAAACGUUGGAACAAGGAGCAGCAAAUGUUCUGUACAAGUGGCAACUCGUCGCCAGUAAGUUGCCCGAAGAGCUCUUCAUACGGGCGAUGCCUGAAGUAUCAAGAAAAAGCGACGGAAACAGAACCAUCAUCGUCCGCUUCAUCGCUCAAUUCUUGGGUCCUUCUGAUAAGCUCGUAGCCAUAAUGAACAAGAAACUUCCGGAAUUGGGAGUAAGGGUCGAAGAUUGUGUCGAAAUGAGUUGGCUUCAGUCUACGCUGUUCUGGGACGAGUUCCCUGCCGGAACGCCGACGGAUGUCCUUCUGGAAAGGCCAACACGCCCUGAAAAUUCAUUCAAGAGCAAGUCAGAUUACGUCAAGAGACCGAUCCCAAAGGAGGGCAUGGAGAAGAUGUGGAAGAGCAUGUUGAAGUUUAACAAUGUGUGGAUGCAGUGGAAUCCGUACGGUGGGGUAAUGGACCGUAUCUCGGAAACUUCCACACCGUUCCCUCACCGCAAAGGGAACUUGUUCAAGAUUCAGUACUUUACCACGUGGACAGACGACAACUCGACAGACACGAGUCUGGAUCUGAUGAAAGAGCUGUACGAGGUUGCGGAACCGUACGUGUCAAGUAACCCUAGAGAGGCGUUCCUGAACUAUAGGGACAUCGAUGUCGGAAGCAAUCCGAGUAAUCAGACAAAUGUGGAAGAGGCUUUGGUCUAUGGAACGAAGUAUUUCCUGGAAAAUCUGAAAAGAUUGAUGGCAGUGAAAGCGAAGUAUGAUCCUUCCAACUUCUUCAAGAACGAACAAAGCAUUCCUCCUGCUUUCACCCCAAAUUGAUAAUCUUUAUAUACAUACAUCAGUCCGAAAAAUUAAAUAAAAUGGGUGAAAUUCAUUUGUAUUAAUUAUGUAUUUUUAUAGACUGUUAUUGUGUUACACAUUUACAGAUGUUGUGUUAUCCUAUGUCUUUUAAGAUCUUUUACAAUCUAUAGAAACUUGGCUUAUACAUGUAUCGCCGAUUUGAUGUGUAUGUUAUCUAUAUUGGUUUAAUGUU